AUGCCCAUGCCCUUCAGAGCCAGGGGCCUGCCUCCCGGACACCGCCACGGGGGCUCCUGCAGCCCCCUGAGUCAGCUCCUGCCCGGCCGCCUGCCGCCGUCCUCUGCCAAGGGGCUGUACUACCGCAGGGCCCGCAAGGUGGGCGCCCUGGACGCCUCCCCGGCCGCCGACCUGAAGAAGGAGAUCCUGGUCAACGUCGGGGGCAGGCGGUACGUCCUGCCCUGGAGCACGCUGGAGGAGUUUCCGCUGAGCCGCCUGAGCAAGCUCAAGCUGUGCCGGAACCACGAGGAGAUCGCGCAGCUCUGCGACGACUAUGAUGAGGACAAGCAGGAGUUCUUCUUCGACCGGAGCCCCAGUGCCUUCGGCAUGAUCGUGAGCUUCCUGGCGGCCGGCAGGCUGGCCCUGCUGCGGGAGAUGUGCGUGCUGUCCUUCCGGGAAGAGCUGGUCUACUGGGGCAUCGAGGAGGCCCGCCUGGAGAAGUGCUGCCUGGGCGAGCUGCUCCGCAAGCUGGAGGGACUGGCCGAGCUGCACGGCGGGGAGACGCUGCCGCUGCUGCGGGAGGUGCGGCGCCCCUCGGGGGACCCCUCGCGCUGGGGGGUCUUCAUGCACUGGCUGCGCGAGACCGUGGAAAACCCGCGCUCGGGGCUCCCGGGCAAGGUCUUCGCUUGUCUGUCUAUCCUCUUCGUGGCCACCACCGCGGUCAGCUUGUGCGUCAGCACCAUGCCCGACCUGAGGGCCGAGGAGGACAAGGGUGAGUGCUCUCAGAAGUGCUACUACAUUUUCAUCGUGGAGACCGUCUGCGUGGCCUGGUUUUCCCUGGAGUUCUGUCUGCGCCUUGUCCAGGCCCCGGACAAGUGCCAGUUCUUCCAAGAGCCCCUGAACAUCAUCGACAUCCUGGCCAUCUCCCCGUACUACGUGUCGCUGGCCGUGCCGGGCGAGCCCCGGGAGGACGGCGAGAGGCCGGGCGGGGGCUCGUACCUGGAGAAGGUGGGGCUGGCGCUGCGCGUGCUGCGGGCUCUGCGCGUCCUCUACGUGAUGCGCCUGGCCCGCCACUCGCUGGGGCUGCAGACCCUGGGCCUCACGAUACGCCGCUGCACGCGCGAGUUCGGCCUGCUCCUCCUCUUCCUCUGCGUGGCCGUCACCCUCUUCUCCCCUCUGGUCUACGUGGCGGAGAAUGAGUCCGGGCGGGUGCUGGAGUUCACGAGCAUCCCGGCCUCCUACUGGUGGGCGGUCAUCUCCAUGACGACGGUGGGCUACGGAGACAUGGUCCCGCGCAGCGUGCCGGGCCAGAUGGUGGCCCUCAGCAGCAUCCUCAGUGGGAUCCUCAUCAUGGCCUUCCCAGCCACGUCCAUCUUCCACACCUUCUCGCACUCCUACCUGGAGCUCAAGAAGGAGCAGGAGCAACUCCAGGCGCGCCUCCGCCACCGGCAAACCGUCGCCUCGGCCAGUGAGCACGAGCUGCUGAGCGACGUCGACGACCUGAUCCCAGAGGGACCCGCCUUGCCCACUAAAUACGUUUAGCUCAAAACGCUUCGUGAAAAGGGCAGGACCGCAACCCGUCGCCCCCGGCUGACCCGGCUGGAGAGCACCAAGGUGUAGACCAUCCCGUGGGAUGUUUCUAGAGCCCCAGGAGCACUCCCAAAGCUAGGAGGGGCUCAAGGCCACAGGUGUUUGCUUGUUGUGAGUCUUGGCCCCCACUGGCCGCCAUGAUUCCUGCUGACCUUAUCGAUGCUCCUUGCCUUUUCCUUUCUCCGUGCCCAUCACCAAGCACAUCCCCUCUUCCUGUUAGGUCUGCCAUCCUCCACUCUCCUUCCUCCCCUGCAGUCUUCCACACCCCAGCCUGGGUUCCAGACGCCCACAGA